AUGAGGGAGAUUCCGGGGGAACUUGGAGAUCGCGAGGUUUUUCGGUGUGGAGCAGGGACGAGAGAACGAAGGAAAAUGACUUACCCUUUUCCAAACGAAACAACCAGGAAAUCAACAAGAGGGAAGGUGCCACGUAAGCAACUGGCAACCAAAGCCUCCAGGAAGUCUGCUCCGACCACUGGAGGAGUAAAGAAGCCACACCAUUUCAGGUUCGGGAUGGUAGCGUUGAAGGAGAUCGGGAAGAACCAGAAGAGUACGGAGCUGUUGAUCCGUAAGCUUCAAAUCCAGAGACUGGUGAGGGAGAUCGCUCAAGAUUUCAAGACGGAUCUGAGGUUCCAAAGCAGCGCCGUAGCGACUCUUCAAGAAGCUGCGGAGGCCUAUCUGGUGGGUCUCUUUGAAGACACCAACCUCUGUGCUAUUCAUGCCAAGAGAGUUACCAUUAUGCCCAAGGAUAUCCAGCUGGCAAGGAGGAUCAGGGGAGAGAGGGCUUGAUAAUGUAUAUCAAUA